GAUGAUGGCAGGUGCGCGCGGUUCGACCCAGACGCGACCGAGGGUCCACCUGCGACCAACCCGGCGGCGUCGCAGCCUCGGCCGCGCUGUUCACUGCAACCUGAGCCAGAACGGCAUCAACCCCCAGAUGUGUCCGGAGGACAUGACGUCGCAGCUGGAAGAGGAGGAGGAGUCUGUGGACGCGGAGGCCGUGCUGCUGGACGACGACAGCCCGAGUUACCAUGACGUCAGCCCGCCCGCCUACCGGCGCCGCCCGCCGCCGUACCGCUCUGUCUCAGAGUCGGAGCUGUCCAGGCCAGGAUAUGUGAAGCUGUCCAAGCCGGUGGCUCUGUGGACCCAACCGGACGUUUGCAAGUGGCUGAAGAAACACUGUCCCAAUCAGCACCAGAUCUACAGUGACUCCUUCAAACAGCACGACAUCACAGGGCGGGCUCUGAUGAGAUUGACGGACAGGAAGCUGGAAAGAAUGGGAAUCAUGCAGGAAGCCCAGAGGCAGCACAUCCUGCAGCAGGUCCUGCAGCUCCGAGUCCGGGAGGAAGUCAGGACCCUUCAGCUUCUCACACAAGCAUCUUUGGAGUGCAGUCCGUCUUCACCGUAGUCUGAAGGAGGAGGACUGGCCCGUCAAGAAAGGACGCCCACUGCCUCGCCAUCAUCUACAACCUCAUCGCUCCGUCUCACACCUCCGAUGGAAAAAAAAACCAAGCAUCUUCUUCCCGGCCGCCCCUGAGAUCGCUCCCACGGGCUCCUGACGCCUCCCAGGCUCCUGGACUCCAGCUACUGGUUUCCGUUAGAGCCGCCCGGUGUCCCGUCCGACCUCUCACGCUAUAACUCCGUACGCUACUACAUAUCGGACCACCUCGCUCUCCUCUCCCUUUAGGGUACGCGCCUAAAACCGCGCCCUCCUCCUCCUCCGCGCUCGACCUUCCCAGAAUUCCUCGCUCGCCUCCUAAAAGCAUUUCUACGCUCAUCUGUCCUCUGCACCGCUGCCUCCUGAUUAGCGUGUGUAGCGCCGUCUGGCGCCCCAGUCGGUGGCGCGGCAGCUCCUUUUUAUCCCGGCACCUCACCCCCCCCCGUGCGACUUUCAGUAGUGGCAACAUAAUAGCAACCCGCAGGAUGUAAGUCCACCCCCCCCCCGCAAGGAGGCCACACAUCUUCCCCUUAACCACUCGUGUGUGCGUUUCAGUGUUUUGUGCUGUCGUCCUGUGCGUCGCGCCCGGUGAUGUGUCCACCCCACCUCCCCCCACGCCCCCCAAAGGUGAGCCUCAGAAGGACUUGGAUAGCUGGACGUGGGAGGAAGGAGCAGCGUCAUUAGUUGUGGGGCCGGGGGCCGGGGGUGGUGGACAACCAGAAGGACAUUCCCACGUUGUCCCUUUUAGGAAGGAGCGGCUGACCGACGAACGAGAGACGGCGCAGAAGGAUCGGCGGAGGGUUCCGUAAACCGAGAGCUGCUUCGACUCUGCGGCCAGUGACGAGGGGAGAGGACGAAAAGACAUCACAGAUGACAGAAGAGGCUUCCUCAUAUCCUCCCCUCCGUAUCGCCACGUCUCUUAUUGCUUUGCAGCGGCUUGGAACUAUUUUUGGAUGAGAUGUAUUGGAAAAUAGUGUAUAAAGGAGACGUGCUGUGAGCCAAACUUAAUCAUGGCAAAUGUUGGCCGGCAGUCUACUAGGAAGAUAUUCUAUUUAUGUGUGACGGGGGAACUCAGAAUCUCUGCUGUCUGGGAAUAAUGGCCACUCACUGUUGAUAUUCUACGUAUUUUGACUGCACUUAAAAAGCACACGUGUUUCAAAACAAACUGCUGUUACUUGUUCUGUCGUCUUCUGUGAGUGUAACUCACAUAAAACCCUGUAGCCGCUCUAAUGACCUCUCAAUAUCAGAUGAUGAUUCCAGAGCACCGGAGCGAUAUUUAUCGAAAGCUUCCGUCCCCGCAGAUGUAGCGGUUGUAGCUGUGAGCUGUUGUCACGGUAACCGCAUCUUUCCCAUCCAGGAUUGGAGCGGUCGAUCGGAGGCCCGUAAAUAGCUGCAGACGCAUUCGCCCCCAGAGAGGCCUCGUGCUGUAAUGGGGUUGUAUUUGUACUGGAGUCCCUCUGUGUCCAGACAUUCACUGUUUGAAUAGCAGCUGCAGCUUAAUGUGGCCAAGACCCUGCGAGCAGAUUGAAUAUUAUUGAUCAGCUCUUUGGGACGUACAGUCGGUCCUACAGGGCUACGGAAGCCUCAAGAAGUGUGUGUGUGUGUGUGUGUGUGUGUGUGGUGUGCACGCACGUGCGUGCACGCUGACAGCCACAUAGGAAUGGAGUUGUUCAGGCUAAAACACAAGUGGCUAUUUCACGGUCGAGCAGAGAUGCCGUGUCCGUGCCUGUCAAGGCCACCGGAGGACGGGGCGGUUGGGGGGGGGGGGGCGUUGGGGGGCUUGAGCUCCCGUUCAGUCUGGAAUUCCUCCACUGUCAACAUGUGAACUGGGAGAGAUGGUUAGCAGUCGCCAAAGGUCGGUGAGCUUGAGAGCUGGUUUGAAACAACCAUUUAAUAAAGAUGACAUUGUUUAAAAUAUUCAAUGUGAUUGUCAUUGAAGUAUGUGAUCCAUCAGCGUAGCAUUAAGACUAGAACCCGUUUGCAUUACUCCGGCCAAAGGCAACACCGGCAUCUUUAAAGCUCACCAAUGACCAGAGUAGCAUCUCAUUUGUCUCAUUGACAUUUGCACAGGUCAGUUUUUUUGAAUCAGGCGUUUUUGUUGAAAUGUUCAUGAGAACAUCCAAGCAAAAGAAAUAAUUUUACUUAUAAAAUGGGCUUAUUUGAUUUCUAAGAGUUAUAAUAUGUGUUCAAUACCACUUAAUGAAUCUAAUAAAUGAGCAUAAUAAUUCAGUUGGCUCAGUCUAACGUACUGUAACACACACACACACAGUCUUCUUCCAAAGCAAGCGGCUACCUCAGGUGGUGAAAAAAGUCUGAAAAGGCAAACGUCCAUUAAAUGGCCACCUGAUGUUGGCUCCAUAAGGGAAGAAGCUCUGGGGAAAUAUUAGUGUCAAACUAUCCAAGUUUGCUCGGUUACAGUCCGAACCGGUUACAUUUGCAUAUAACACUUGCAUUCCCAAAACCAUCCAGGUAUAACCAGCUCCACAUCUGGCAGGUAGUCCGAGGACUUGCCUGCACUGGCUCGGCCCCGUUGUACCCGUGAGGUCUGGCACGCACUUCCAGGCGCUGGUUACACGGUUACACAAAGGACCGCCGCACUGACACAACGUUAUUGCACAAGAACUUUCUCACAGGCUGACAGCACCCACCCACACACACACACACACACACACACACACACAUUUCUGCAUGGUAUCCCUGCAUAUUUCUCAAUAAAUUAUCAGUUUCACAAGUAUAAAUAAUCAACACACAAUGCAGACAGAAGGUUUUUUUGUUUCCCCCCCCCAUGUUGACAGCAUGUGUCGAUUUGUGUUUUUUGUAACCAUCCGGCAUGCAGACCAAGUCUCUACUCCCAGUCUACCUACAUACCGUGUAGGGUGCCUAAUGAUGGAUAUUAUUGAGGAUAUUGAAUAAAGAGUAUGUAUAAUAAACAGAUCAAUCUUCAUGUC